AUGGCCCCAACAAACACGAACAAGACAAGGCUCAGCACGUUCCAAUCCGAGAUCGAGGAAAUACACCAUCGGGAAGUUGCGAAACAAAGAGCUCAUAUGGCCGCCGCUGUGCUGGUUCCUGCCACGGCGAAAGAUACCAAGAAAGACGUUAAGGGAAAAAUGAAAGAUGUAGUGGAGACUAUCGAGAAGAGUGGGAAGCCGGUAGAAAGCAAGGAUAUGAAUGGCAAGUCGAAGGACGAAACAUCUGCUGGAACGCAGAGUGAUACAUCCGAAAUGCAGGAGAGGAUAAUGUCCUGGCUACUCGCCAAUUCUACCACUGAAAGAGAUAAUGCAAGAGAUAUACUUGCAACGUUGAUAACUCAGAAUCACGGGGAGUAUGUUCUGCGUAUAGGUGUUCAGCCUCCCCGUGAGAAACUAUUUGCAAACGAACUCGUCGAGGAUGCCGAAGAGGAAGGAUGGACAGGAAUCGAACGGACUAUCGAGCAACUGGAUUAUCUACGCAAUCAAAUAGCUAACGUAGUAGAAGAAAUAGGUGGCAAGACUUGCGUUCUCUUUGAGUCGAAAGGGAAUCAUCCACGUACAUCGAUACUGUUACGGUUACCUCCUGCCAGCGUGGCUUUAACACCCGAGGUUCGUUGUGCGGUGGUUGGGAACGUCGACAGCGGCAAGUCAACGACAUUAGGCGUUCUCACCCGAGGCGCUUUGGACGAUGGAAGAGGAAGAGCCCGAGUAGGACUAUUCCGUCACAAACACGAAAUUGAAACUGGUCGAACGUCCAGUGUAGGAAUGGAAAUCCUGGGAUUUGACCCUGCCGGUAAACCAAUCUUACCGGAUACAGCAGGAUCGACCGAUCCAGAGGUCAUACGAAGGGAGAAACUCGGCUGGGAAGAAAUUUCCGUCCAAGCGGCGAAAAUUGUUUCAUUUAUCGAUCUGGCUGGACACGAAAAGUAUCUCAAGACUACUUUGUACGGUCUGACAUCUGGCGCGCCUUCUUGUGUUGUUCUGAUAGUUGGAGCCAAUGCCGGUCUUAUUGGCAUGUCGAAGGAACAUUUAUCAAUAGCACUAGCUCUGAGCGUGCCAAUUGUGGUGUGUGUAACCAAAAUCGACAUGACGCCAGUAAACGUCAUGGCAGAGACAAUAAAACAAGUAGUCAAGGUAUUAAAAAGCCCAGGUUGCCGAAAAAUGCCUGUCUUCGUCAAGUCUGCUGAAACAGCCGUUGAAGCCGCGAUGACGUUUGGAAAGGACAGGUCAUGCCCCAUAUUCCAAGUCUCCAAUGUCACCGGAGAAGGUCUCGACUAUCUGCGAACAUUUUUGAACCUCCUCCCUUCGAGCGAGGCUGACACUGAUAAAUUUGCUCCCGAUCAGCCCCUAGAGUUCUCCAUCACUGAGGUAUGGUCGGUACCGUACGUCGGCACAGUUGUCAACGGUAUUGUCAACAGCGGACGGAUAUCGAAAGGAGAUCCUGUGAUACUGGGCCCUGAUUCGAACGGAAAUUAUCAGACGACUUCGGUGAAGGACAUGCAGCGAAAACGUGCAACAGUGACGGCAAUGCGUGUCUGUAGCACUGAAACGAAAGUACCUCCUCCAAAGGCGGUCAGACAGUUUGAAGGACAAGUCCUCAUUCUUUACCACAACACAACGUUACAGAGAAACUAUCAAGCUAUGCUGCACUGUGGAGCUGUCCGUCAGACAGUGAGAAUCGUCUCGAUGGACCAUCCACAAGGAAUUCUCCGAACAGGGGACCGUGCUACUGUACAGUUUGAGUUCAUUUCCCACCCAGAAUUCGUGAAAGAAGGGAUGAAGUUAUUAUUUCGUGAAGGGAAGACGAAGGGACUGGGGGUGAUAACGAAACUGUUAUAA